UGUAUUUGUGUAAAAAACCUAUCUACUGAAAAGUUGCUUUAGGAAGGAAACAGGCAAACUGUAUUAUACCAUCAUCAUAACAACUAACCUGCUGAUGAUAUCAGUGAGUAUCAUGGUGUGCAAUGGUGAAUACCAGCCCUAUGCACUUUAAAACGCACGCUAAUUACGCUAUAGGUCUUCAUCUUCCACAAUGGAUAUACACUUCGGCCGUCUUCACAUCCUGGUUUUGAUGGAACUAGUAUUGUCCCUUUAGGCAUUAACGUACCAAGUCAAUUCUCGUGAUCUGCUGUACUUGUACACUGUAGCAGUUCCAAGAAAGCGGGCGCAGAAAUAUUUGCCCAUAAUGCCGUGCGAUAGGCUGACAAGUGGAUCCAAGAUGGCGUAGAAAGUAAGGCUAGACGUUAUUGAACACUUGGUUGGUUUACCCAGGAAGAACAAGCCAUUUUGCCAGAUGUGUAGAUGAACCACUAAAAGGAUGGCUCUUUGUAGAAAUUGGCCUUGAUCUCAUCUUUCACAACACUCUGUCCCAGAGUCAUGGAGGACAGGAGGCCACAGAAGUCAUGUGAAGAAGCCAUUGGAUCGUUAGUAAGGCAGGAGUAUGAGGCAGCGGUGGCCCACAGUACGGAGGCCCUGCUGGCCCUGGGGUCAUGCCCCCCCUCCCCAGCCAUGGUUCUUCUCCGCAAGCGCGCCCUGCUCUACCGGAUUGCAGGCCUGCUUCAGCUGAAGGACUAUAAUCAAGCUGAUGAGGACUGCAAGCAUGUGCUUGCUGAGGAGCUGGGGAAGGGAGAGGGAAGUUUCAGGCUGGGCCUGCAGAAUAUGGUAUUAGAUGGAAGCCUGCAGGAGGUCUUCAGUAUUCUUUCUAAAGCUCUGUAUGGAGAACCGCUGAAUGGGCUCAUGGCUAUGGAUAUGACACGGCUGAAAAACCUCCUCUCAGAAAUGGAGGCUGUAAGAAACAAGAUGGUGACGGAUCUUACGGAAGAGAGUGAGGAGGAUGUUCUUGAGGGUUGGCAGUUCCGGCCUCCUCCUCGAGGGGUCACUAGCAGCGAGGAGUACACAUUGUGCAAAAGGUUUCUAGAGCAGGGCCUGUGUCGGUAUGGAGCGCAGUGCACAUCGGCCCACUCGCAGGAGGAGCUGACGGAGUGGCAGCGCCGCUAUGCCUCUAGACUCAUUCGCCUUAAACAGCAGCAGGAAGGCAAGCACUACACAGAGAACUAUAUGGAGGCGCUCAUCGAGAAGUGGAUCAACUCCCUCACCCCUGAGAAAGUGCUCAAUGAUUGUGUGGAUGGAGUUACAGUGGAACAUAGCUCAGAUCUGUCAGUCACUGUUAACACCAAGAAGUCAUCCCAUUCCUGGACAUUCUCACUUUACUGCAAGCCCGCCCGCACCCUGCACCGCAUCGCCCUGCUCUACGAUGCCAACCGCCCGCACUUCUCCAUCGUGGCUGUGUCGGCGGGCGACACCUCCACCCAGGUGGCUCAGCGCGUGGGCGACGGGGCCUGCCAGGAGUGGAGCGACGCUGGCCUGCUGCAGAACGGCAUGGACCACUGCCUCUACACCGUGGAGGUGGCCUUCAGCACGGAGAUCUUCGGCACCUUCCGCCAGACCGUGGUCUUCGAUUUCGGAUCUGAGCCCGUGCUGAUGCAGAGGGUGAUGGUGGACGCAGCGUCCAUUGAAGACCUGGAGCACCUGAUGCAGGCGCGCCAGCAGCUCCUAAUGACGGCCAAGCGCUGGGACUCGUCCUGCAAGACCAUCGUGGAGUUCGCACCCAAUGAGAACAUGGAGCUAGAGCGCAGCCUCCUGAGCCGCUACCAGAUCCCAUUGUCAGCUGACCAGCUCUUCACGCAAUCCGUGCUGGACAAGACGCUCACGCGCGACAACUACCAGGCCCGCCUACACGACCUGCUCUACAUCGAGGAGAUUGCCCAGUACAAGGAAGUCAGCAAGUUCAACAUCAAGGUGAAUCUCCAGCUGGUGUCCAGCUUCAUGCUGACGGGCAUCUCCGGAGGGGCCAAGUACGCCCAGAACGGGCAGCUGUUCGCACGCUUCAAGCUGACGGAGACACUGUCUGAGGACACAUUGGCCGGCAGGCUGGUGAUGACCAAGGUGAACUCGGUGCUGCUGCUCCCGGCAGGCAUGGGUGUUGGCCUGGCCCACCCGGCCAGCAGCAAGGAGCGUGUCUACGAGGCGCUCAUCGAGGAGAAGACCAAGGACUACAUCUUCCUGCGCAUCUGCAAGGACUGCUGUGACGAGCUCAGCCUGGUGCCCGACCGGGAGCUACAGGUGGAGUUGCAGUUCCAGCUCAACAGGCUGCCCCUGUGCGAGAUGCACUACGCCCUGGACCGCCUCCGGGACAACUCCAUCCUCUUUCCCGAUGUCAGCCUCACCCCUACCAUCCCCUGGAGCCCCAACAGGCAGUGGGACGAGCAGCUGGACCCUCGUCUGAACACCAAGCAGAAGGAGGCCAUUUUAGCCAUCACCACGCCCCUUUCCAUCAACCUCCCACCGGUGCUCAUCAUUGGACCCUACGGCACGGGCAAGACUUUCACCCUGGCCCAGGCCGUAAAGCACAUCCUCAAGCAGCCUGACACGCGGGUCCUCAUCUGCACCCAUUCGAACAGCGCCGCAGACCUGUACAUAAAGGACUACCUUCAUCCAUACGUGGAGGCAGGCAAUCCACACGCAAAACCUCUCAGGGUUUACUUCAGGAACCGCUGGGUGAAGACUGUGCACCCGGUGGUGCAGCAGUAUUGCUUGAUAUCUGGAGCUUACCUCACCUUCCAAAUGCCCACUCGACAGGACAUAGAGCGCCACCGUGUGGUGGUAGUGACACUCAGCACCUCCCAGUACCUCUGUCAGCUUGACCUGGACCCUGGGCUCUUCACACAUAUCCUGUUGGACGAGGCGGCCCAGGCCAUGGAGUGUGAGACCAUCAUGCCGUUGGCCCUGGCUACUAAAAGCACACGCAUCGUCCUAGCUGGAGACCACAUGCAGCUGAGUCCGUUCGUGUACAGCGAGUUUGCGCGCGAGAGGAACCUGCAUGUGUCCCUGCUGGACCGGCUGUACGAGCACUACCCCUCCGAGUACCCCUGCAGGAUUCUGCUCUGCGAAAACUACCGCUCCCAUGAGGCAAUCAUCAACUACACAUCAGAGCUUUUCUACGAGGGCAAGCUGAUGGCAAGCGGCAAGCAGCCUCAGCACAAGGACUUCUACCCUCUGACCUUCUUCACGGCUCGCGGCGAGGACGUACAGGAGAAGAACAGCACAGCUUACUACAACAACGCCGAGGUGUUCGAGAUUGUGGAGCGCGUGGAAGAGAUGAGGAGGAAGUGGCCUGUAGCCUGGGGCAAGCUGGACGAGGGCAGCAUCGGCGUGGUGUCGCCCUACGCCGACCAGGUCUUCCGCAUCCGCGCCGAGCUCCGCAAGAAACGCAUGCCUGAGGUCAGCGUGGAGAGGGUGCUCAACGUCCAGGGUAAGCAGUUCCGUGUGCUGUUCCUGAGCACUGUCCGCACGCGCCACACCUGCAAGCACAAGCAGACGGCCAUCAAACGGAAGGAGCAGCUGGUGGAGGAUUCCACAGAGGACCUGGACUAUGGCUUCCUGUCCAACUACAAGCUCCUCAACACAGCCAUCACACGCGCUCAGUCCCUGGUGGCCGUCGUGGGAGACCCCAUCGCGCUGUGCUCCGUUGGACGCUGCAGGAAGUUCUGGGAAACGUUCAUCUCCAUCUGCCACGAGAACGGCAGUCUGCACGGCAUCACAUUUGAGCAGAUCAAGGCCCAGCUGGAGGCUCUGGAGCUGAAGAAGACCUACGUGCUAAACCCACUCGCCCCCGAGUUCAUCCCCCGAGCCCUGAGACCCCAGCACCCCCAGGGUCCCGGCAAGCACCAGCAUUCCCCACCUAAGGCGAAAGGACAGCUUGCCAAUCACUCGGAGCACUUCCCUCCGGAAGGCUUCGUUCAGCCGAGCGCCACCGUGCUGAUGGGGAACCCCAUCCAGGCCUUCACCCCGCCCGGAGGAGGUGCGCCGACCACCGGCAAGUCACCCAGCCCCGUGCAGCGCAUCGACCCCCACACGGGAGCCAGCAUCCUGUACGUGCCUGCCGUCUACGGGGGCAACGUGGUCAUGCCCAUGCCUCUGCCGCUGCCUUGGCCGGGCUACCAGGGGCGCUUUGCCAUGGACCCUCGCAUAAUGAGUCACCAGGCAGCAAUGGCCGCCUAUAACCUGAACCUGCGGCCCGCAGCUGCCAGCCGGGCGUCUCCCGUGCUCUACGGUCUGGGCCAACCCUCCGCCAUGGGCCUCGGACAGCCCCCCGCCCCUGACAAGGAGCUGCUGCAGGAGCCUGGCGCCAACGGGAAGGUUGACAUUAAUGGGAAAGUGGAGCAUAGCAGGCUGCUAACACCUGAAAGGAAAGCCUCAGAGCUGAAGGAGAAACAGGGAGACCCCGAGCCUGUUCAGAACAAGAGCCCAGAGACGCACGCCGGCUUGGGCUUCCCUACCGGCCGGCUCCUGCGCAAGGAGCCGCCCGCCCAGCGCUCGCUCGGCUUCCACCUGGCCCCACCCCACCCAGGCUUUGCGCCGCCCCCCACCGCCGGCCCCUUCGCGCAGCAGUACGGCCUCCCUCGGCCCGCUCUCCGCGUGCAGCCCCAGCAGCCGGCCGCCGCUUUCCCCGCCUCCUUCUUCGGCGGCCACCCACUGGGCCAGCGUGGCCUGCAGUCGCCGGGCCUGGAGGGCCUGGAGGGGAGCGAGGGCCUGGCAGGCGGCGUGCCCGAGGAGCUGAAGGGUGCGGUGAGGGGCUUGCAGCACCAGCCCCAGCAGCACCAGCCCAUGCGCCUCAACAGCUUCGGGGAAGAGAGUCUGGACUCUCUGCUGGGGGAGACGCUGGAUGGCCAGAGCUGCUCGGGGCUGGACCCUCUGACCACCCAGCAGCAGCAGGCAGCGCGCCUGGGUCAGUGGGCCGAGCCGGGGCCCUUUCUCCAGGGUGCUGUGCCACCGUUCCCCCUGGCUCAGCAGCUGGCUCACCUGGGCCAGCCAGGCCUGCGACUGCCCCAGCAGCUGCUCCGAGCCAACUGGGGCCUAGGCCCGGCCGCCGAGGACGAGCCCCGCCCAGCCAUGCCCAGGUUCCCUGGUCUGCUGCGUGAGAUGCUUCCCCAGGAGCCGUGCGAGCAGCGCGACGGUGCCGACAUGCCCCCCCCUCAGUCCCGCCUCCUGCAGUACCGGCAGGCGCAGCAGCAGCCCCGUAGCCCCGGCGAGCCACCCUCGCCCUCUGCUGCGCACAACCACGCGCCCGUCCCAGGCGCCUUCCCCUACCCGGAGAGCGGCCGGGAGCUCCCCUACCACCAGCACCAGGCCACCUUUGGCCAGGCUGCCUUCUCGCUGCCCCCCGAGAAUGCAGCAGGCAGCCUGCCCAUCAAGUACCUCCUCCCCGAGGCCCACUGGCCACACGGUGGCCUGCAGCAGAGCCCUGUGCUGGGCCCACCGCUGCCCUUUGGCCUGCACGCCCUGGGCCCGCGGCAGGAGCAGGGCCCCCUUGCACACUUGCAGCACCAGCAGCAGAAGCAGCUCCAGGCCCCUCAGAGCGCCCUGCACAGUGUAGAAGAGUAUGAACCGCGAGGGCCCGGUCGGCCCCUGUACCAGAGACGCAUCUCUUCCAGCUCUCCCCAGCCGUACGUGGAGAGCGUGGUCCAGUGUAAGGACCCUCAGGACCAGCCCUCGGCCUCCUACAGAUACCCCCCAGCAGACCUGUGGCCUGGACCCAACCCAGACCACGCUCCUCUCCACAACAUUCCAUGCAAUGGAGCGAGCCACCUCGUCCCUCACAGGGACAUUUUAGUUUCUAAGGCGAUGAACGCUGUGGAGGAGCACAGCCAGGCCGAGUGUGUGCAUCAGCCUACCCACCCCGCCAGCCUCACGUCUCUCCAGCAACACGGACAGUUCCCACCCCUCCUGCCAACUAAGCAGACCCCGCCGGACCCUGGAGGAGGGGGCAGCACCAGCCCAGGUGGUGGCCCCCAGGUCCCCAGCCACUCCAAGGCUCCCACCAUGUCCUACGCCAGCGCGCUCCGAGCCCCCCCCAAGCCCCGUCCCACGCCCGAGCAGGCCAAAAAGAACAGCGACCCUAUCUCUCUGUUACAAGACCUUAGCAUAGGGAGUUCAAAUGGUAGCAAUGGCUAUUACUCAUAUUUUAAAUAAGUAAAUAUAUAUGAAAUAUAUACACCUGUUUAAGUGAAAACGAUUAAAAAAAUAGAAUAACAAUCGGAAAAAAAUCAACAACAAAAAAUGUCUUUUGAUUUUGUCGUAUAGUUAGACUUUUGCGUUUUAUUAUUUUUUACUUACUUUAGUUAGUUGGUUCUUUUACAGUUUGAAAUCUGUGGUUUUACAAACAAAAAUCAGCAUAUAUAUAUCAAGAAAUACCAAAAUGUUGAAGAAAAACACACAAAAAUUUAUGAAACAAAACACAAAAAGAUUUUUAAAAACACGGUGAAUUGCUUGACCACUUAGCUGCCUGUCUUUCUUUCCCUCUAAUUAUGUCUGCUCUCUUUGCAUUUACUGUCAGAAGUAAACUUGUUGAAGUGAUUUUUUUUUUUAAACAUUUUUCCCAGCUGGCUUUUUUUAUGAGUUCCUUAAUCAUUAUUGGUGUGUUUUCUCGUGCCAGCAGCUGAGUGGUGAACCAACUCCGACAAAAAUAUAAAAAGUUGUAUAGCUGUAGACAAGCUUUUUCUCAAACUGUACAUAUGAAUAAAGGAAUUAAAGAGA